CAGGAGAAACUCUCUCACUCGUUGGUGUUCGGCUGAAGUGCUGCUGCUUCUUUGAUGGACGCUCAGACCAAAUCAGGGAAAGUUUACCUGCAACCCCACAAACCUGGAAAAAAAUGGAAGCCGGUGUGGUUGUCUCUGACGCCCCCCAGCAGCAGUGGAGUGGGCCGACUGGAGAUCCAGGAUAUGGGAGGGGGCGAUCUCGCCACUGGGGUCAGAAAACACGGGGAUCGGAGGGUGAAGGUGGUCCGACUGUCUGAGUUGAUCAGCGUCCUCAGACUCCCCCCGAACGCUGAGGCCUGCCCCAUGGAGAACAUGUGGGCGUUCUGCGUGGAGACUCAGGACAGGACCAUGGUGUUCGCCGCACUCAGAGACGACUGUGCCGACUGGGUGGACAAACUGUGCCAAAGCACGUUUCAGAAAGGAGGCCGUCCACGCUCCAAUCAGCCCCAAAUGGAGGAGAACCAGAUAUACGUCUCAGUAGAAGAAGCCUCUGAGUUCUGGGUGGCGAUUCAGAGGACGGAGGCAGCGACCCGCUGCGGCCUGCAGGGGGCGUACUGGCUGCAGGUGGGACGGGAGGCGCUGCUUCUGAAAGAAACCCAGAAGAAGAAGGUUGUUCACGAGUGGGCGUACGAACUCCUGAGGCGAUACGGGAAUGAUAAGCUGACCCUAACCAUCGAAGCCGGGCGGCGCUGCGACUCCGGUCCUGGAGCGUUCAUCUUUGAGACGCCGCAGGCUGAGAAGAUAUUCGCCCUGAUUCAGAGCACCAUCAAACUGAAGACUUCAUCGACCAACCAAAACCCAGAGGGAGAGAAGGUUGCGGUAACCAACAUACAGGCUCAUUCGCCCCUCCCCAAAGUCCCCGAUAUGACCAACAUGGCCGCCAUCCUGGAGAACAAGCUGAGGACAGAGGAGAGCAGAGAAGAGAGCGCACAUGCUCGGGAAGAUCACCCGCCUCCUAUCACCCUCAUGCCACUCCCACUGGUCCCUGCUGGCUCCUCUGCAGGUAACCAUGGAGACCAGUCAGAGGCCAUAUACGCUAAUCCGACUGAUUGCAUCCGGCCUGUAACAAAACCCCCGCCUGUCAGAGCCACGUAUAUCGACCCUGCGAGCGUUCUUCCUCUCAAACCCCCAUGUGCCGCUCCGCAUCCCCCCCCUUGCGCAGACGACCCGGAUUCGGUCUACUCGGAGGUGUACGACAAGGUCGGCCAUCACCAGAACACAGACAACUUCCUCCAGAAAAAAGAAGAAACGAAGGUUUCAGCAGAGGGUGACGCGGUCUACGCCCAACCCGGCAGACGGAGCGAAGUGUCUCUGAAAAGCGAAGCCAAGGCCGACCCCUUCGCUCAUCUUUACGCUCAUGUCUGUAAGAAAGCACCGUCGUCUAGCCCCUCGUCAUCCAAUGACAGCACCCCCUCCUCCUCGUCUCCUAUCGCCAACAGGAGCACAACAAAAGCCUCGGAUUGUCCGCUUGAUGAUGUAAUCUAUGAAAACCUGGGCAUCAUUUAACUCUGGUGUUUAGAAAACAUCUGAAACCAUCAUUGACAUUCUUCAUAGUAAAAUUGUUUGAAAACUCGUGUUACCGCAGCUCAGGCGAUGUAGGCUGGACGUCGGAGGAACUGCCGGUUUUGAAAGGUCAGGGAUCAGAUGUUUGAGAAACUUCUUGCUUGCUUCCUAAAAUAUGAAUAUUUAAUCAUUAAGACAGGUAAAUAAAUAAACCUGCAUGAAUGUGAUUUAUGUUAAUGUAUCUGUUUAUCUGCAUUUUUAUAAGUUUAGCACGCCCGUGUUGCAAAUUCAUACUCUGACUGAUUUUUCCACAUAGAAAACUUCUCAUACACGAUUUUUACAUAUAAAACUGUAAACACGCUUGUUUGGUUACGAUGCACAAAUGUAUGCUGCAAAAAUGUCCCUGAGUCAUGUUACAUACGUGGGCCUUACUGUGUUUCUGUGUAAAUAUAGGAGCUAUGACAGGUAUCGCCAUCAUCUGUUACCGUAAGUGUUAUUGUGCUUUAUUCUAAUAUUGUGCUUUAAAUAAAACAAAUAUAUGACACUUUUGCUCCA